AUGGACGAGUACGAAUUAACAAAUCAAAGAGAGAAUAAAGCUAUAGCUCGAGUGAUCAUAUCAUUCCUCAAAUAUGAGGAAUAUACUCUGAAGGAAAUCUAUAGUUUAAGAGUCAAAAAAUGGGAAUCCAUUUCGGAGCGUCAGAAAUUACUGAUCCCAAACUAUCCAAAGUAUUUGGUAAGCCUAAAAGCAGCGAUUCAAGAGAAUGGCAAGUUUUUUAAAAGCGUAGCUGAGUAUGCUAUGCAAUCAAUAAACUUAGCAUCAGAAGAAAUAGUACAACCCAACAACUUGGAUAUGAGUAAAACUUGUUCUUUACUAACUCAGGUUUAUAGGGAGUGGUCUGCAGAGGCCAUUUCCGAACGUAGUUGUUUGCAUUCGAGGCUCGUACCGUUUUUGAAGGCGGAAGUGCCUUCGGAAGCUGAUAUUUUGAUACCAGGCUGCGGUACAGGACGUCUUCUCGUGGACCUUGGCCAGAUGGGGUACAAUUGUGAAGGCAAUGAAUAUUCAUACCACAUGCUACUAGUAUCUCAAUACCUCUUGAAUGCAGGGCUGAACCAAAACCAAACAAUUGUUUAUCCAUUCAUACACUGUUUUUCGCACUGGAAAAGAAACGAAGAUCAGUUGUCCCCCAUCAAAAUUCCGGACAUUGCAGCAUGCUCUUUAAGUAAAGGUAAGGGGUCUAUGUCGAUAUGUGCCGGCUCGUUUGUUGAUUGCUACGGUAGAAAUCAAGGCACAAAGAUCUCGUCACAUUACACUUUUUCGCGAAGAAUGCAACUGAGCAGGGCAAAAGCUGAAAACUCCAAAGAUGUCGUAAUUACCAACUUCUUUAUAGAUACAGGGUCCAAUAUCUUAGAUUAUUUGGAUACAAUAGUGCACGUUCUAAAACCUGGUGGGAUCUGGUGCAAUUUCGGCCCAUUACUCUAUCACUUCGAAAAUGACCAUGGUGUUGAGACUACUUACGAAGUUAACCCAUACUCUGGGUUUCAAGACAAAAUCAAUGACUAUACACCAUUGAUGGGUAUAGAGUUGUCUAGCGAUGAUAUCAUACACAUUGCUACGAAUCACUUGAAUUUCACAUUAAUACAGAGAGAAUCAGGAAUAACUUGCGGGUAUGGCCGCUAUGCGGGUUUAGAAAGUUGUGCGAUGCCUGGGUACUUGUGUCACUUUUGGAUCCUAAGGUGGAAUCCCACUAAUGAAUCAUAA